GUUGGUAGGUAGUCUUUUUAGCUCAACGAGGGGGUAAUCAUUAAUCAUGGGCCUUCGCCAAACUUUUGGGGUUACAGUCAGUAGAACCACCAAACCCACCACAAGGCUGAUACUGAUUACCGCAAAGUACAACACCCCUCCCUCAUUUUCUUCAACCAGAAACAAACAAAAACCACACAAUCACCGACCUGAAAUAUGGAAGACGACGAUUUAGCACAAGUGGGUCAUAAUAACCAAAUUUACCAUGAUUCAAAAUUAAUUGUUCUUCAGAUCAGAAAAGCUCGACUUGAGCAACUGAAAUCCCAAGGCGGAGGCGGUGGUCGACCAGGCGCGGCAAGUGGCAGCGGAGGACAAGACGAGGGCAGACAGUGCGUGCGCUUUAUGCUCCUGUACAUAUAAAUAAGUCGCUAAUGUUUUGUGCAACAGGCAGCAAGAAGAAGCGGCUCGUCAAUCUAUCCUGACACAAAUCCUCGAACCCGAAGCUGCAGAUCGUCUAGGUCGCAUUAGACUUGUGAAAGAGUCCAGAGCUGUUGAUGUGGAAAAUCGAUUGAUUAUGUUGGCGAGGUCGGGUCAGUUGAGACAGAAGAUUACGGAAGAACAAUUGAAGGAUUUGUUGAGCAGUGUAUCCGAAGCCCAAGAGAAAGAAGAAAAGAUUGUAAUUACCAGGAGGAAAGGCGCUUGGGAUGAUGAUGAUGAUGAUCUUUUAGAUUUAUAGUUUGUGGUUGGGAAAUUUGGGAAUGAUUCAGCGAGGAGAUGUCCCAAGAAUGGAAUCUAUAAUGCUGGGACAAUCUUAGGCCUCCGAGGAAUAGGAGUUAAUAUUGCGAGGUUUAGGGAAACCUUUACCACUAUAACAUCGAAUUACUAUGGUAUCAAGUCUUCCUCAAAUUGCUUUUUGGGCCUUUUCUCUCUC